UACAUUAAAUGUCCCAUGGUGCUUAGCGAGAAAAUGGCCGACCGAGAAUGACACACGCUGUGUUUUAUCCAGAAUUUGCCAAAUUUUCCUGAAUAUAUAGUUUAAUUAUAGUCUUAAACAAAUAGCUUAUGAUGUUCGAGUGUUUAUUGUAAAUUAUGCUUUCUUGAAUCGUGGAGGCUGACGCUUCAUUUGUGUUUAUUAAUAUCUUGACCCUAACGCGUGUUUUUAACAUCACAACAUGGCCACAGUAGCAGCCAAGCGCGAGGGACCGCAGUUCAUCAGUGAGGUGGCCGUCAGAGGAAACAACGCUGUGCUCGACUACUGCCGCACGUCCGUGUCUGCUCUGUCCGGAGCGACAGCGGGCAUCCUUGGGCUAACGGGACUCUACGGCUUUGUCUUUUACUUCCUUGCUUCUUUCCUGCUGUCUUUACUCCUGAUUCUCAAAGCCGGUCGCCGAUGGAACAAGUGCUUCAAAUCUCGACGUCUGCUCUUUACCGGAGGCCUCGUGGGCGGCCUCUUUACUUACGUGCUGUUCUGGACUUUCCUCUACGGAAUGGUGCAUGUGUACUGAAGGGACUCGGACAGUACAGCAGCCGUGUAGAUGUAGAACAGUAACAUGAUAGAGAUGCCUCAGGGUAGAGAGUGCUGAUUGAUGUACCACAGAUCUUGUCCGUGACCUUACUUCCGUUUAGCCAUUAACAUUUAAAAUAUUUUCUCAGUACUAAUUGCACUGAACUUUAGAUAUUUAAAAAUUGUGUGUUUUCUUUCUUUCCUCUUGUAAUUUAAUAUUUUCCUAACACUUGUUUCAGGGCUGGGAUUGGAUCUAGUGUUGUCCAACAGGGAGACUGAUUUGUUUUCAGCUUGCUUUCUUUGUAUGAUGUGCAAAACUCUGUGAACUCCAGGCAUCAAUUGGAACCAUGUAAAAAACACAAUACAAACUUUAAACUGUAUAAAUCACAUAAUUUUAUUUCAGAUAUUUUGAGGAAAAUAAAUUAUUAACCUCAUGUA